AUGGCGUCGACCUCCAGCAGCAUGGUCGCAUCCGUCGUCGUCUUCCUGCUGCUGCUCGCCGCCUCAGAGAUGGGGACGACGAGGGUGGCUGAAGCGAGGCACAUGCACUGUUUCUCGCAGAGCCACAAGUUCGUCGGCGCCUGCCUGAGCGAGAGCAACUACGAGAACGUCUGCAAGACGGAGGGCUUUCCGUCCGGCGAGUGCAAGUGGCACGGCAUAGUGAGCAAGUGCCACUGCAAGCGGAUCUGCUAG